AUGACGAAAGUGAACCCCACGUGGAAGGUGUCAUUACAGUAUGGCGGAGUUCACAAUUGCGGUGGCUCAAUCAUCAGCGAAAAAUAUGUUGUGACAGCAGCACACUGCGUGUUCGGGUCCGUUGCUGGGUACACCGUGCGUGCUGGAUCUUCCUACCAUGCAUCAGGGGGCACCGUCCACGCCGUGUACUCCAUCGCUCGGCAUGCGAGGUUCAAUGAGGAGACAGACUAUGACAGUGACGUCGCCCUCAUUCGAAUUGUCGAUACAUUUCAAUUUGGCCCAACUGUGCAGCCUAUAAAACUGCCUCCUGCGGGUUUCGAGCCUGAAGAAGGAACGAUAGCUGUUGUCAGUGGCUGGGGCAAUCUCAACGAAGGUAACAGCAAUGCUCCAGCACAACUGCAAUAUGUUGAAGUUCCCAUCGUGAAUAUCCACGCGUGCAAUUUUUACUAUUUAGGCCUCAUAACGGAAACAAUGGUGUGCGCUGGAGUCACAGAGGGCGGUCGUGACGCAUGCCAAGGGGACUCCGGCGGCCCUCUGGUCAUCGACGACGUCCUGGUCGGCGUCGUGUCUUGGGGCUACGGGUGCGCCCGCCCGCAGUUCCCGGGCGUUUACGCGAGCGCGGGCUAUUUCCGGUCGUGGAUCAAUGCCAACAUUGUCAAAAUGGUGUAA